AAUGUCCGCCGCCCAUUGUGGAGAACUUUUUCGGCAUGGAAGGGGGUUUAAGGCCGAGCGACCCGCAUAUAUAGAAAAUGCUUUUUUGUUCAUCCCUGUUCAUGACAACGAUUACCAUCAUACCUACUCAAGAUGGCAAACGAGAGGGAGCCAUUACUUUCCACACAUACGAACGGAACAUCAUCCAGAGGGACAAGUUCUGUGUUGCAACGAUGGAAAGCUUCUUUAACCGAAUCAGUCGAUCCGAACAAUUGUCAUGCUGCUUUGACUUGGCAAUGUGUGAUCGCAGGAGCAGCAGAUGCGGCCGCAUAUAGUCAAACAGGAACCUGGGUUGGCUUCAUGACUGGAAACGUUACUCAAUUAACAAUCGCUCUCGUUACAACAUUGCUACACAAUCCUUCUCCUCCUUCUUCAAUCUCUCGAAUUUGGUUAUCGUCAACCGCCGUCUUAGGUUUCAUCUUUGGCGCUUUGAUAGCAACUUGGAUCGAUUCCCAUUUCCACGGAAAACAUAGAGGUAAACUUGUAAUCACAGCAUUGGCAAGAGGUGUAGUAUUUGCUGUUCUCGUUCCCUUUUUGGCAUUUUAUGGUUGGUCAGGGUGGUAUGGAAUGGGUGUUUUGUUUGUAAUGGCAACAAAUAUGGGCUCAAUGGCCGUUUGUGCAACAAAAUUAGGAUCGACUCCUUAUUCGACAACUGUCGUUUUUACAGCAUCAAUGGCAAGCUUGUUCAGUGAUCCACUCUUACCUUUAAGUUUAUCCAAAGCAUCACAAACUCGUGCAAAAAGUCUUUUCGCUUUGAUUUUUGGUGGGGCUUGUUCUCAAGUGCUCAUGAUUCUUACAUCUCGUUAUUUCGGUCAGCAAGAUAGCUCAUUCAUCUUUGACGGUGAAAUGAGUGCACUCACUCUAAAAGCACAUGAAAGUAAACCUAUCGGAUCAGCAUUUGCGAUCGGAUUGGUGGCAAUUUUCGAAUUCAUUUGCGCUUAUGCAUGGUUCACUGCUAAAACAGAACAAAGUUCAUGA